UAACACAGAUUCUUCUCUCUUCCAGGGUGACUGUUGGAUCUGUAUGGAGCUCAUGUCUACCUCGUUUGAUAAGUUUUACAAAUAUGUAUAUAGUGUAUUAGAUGAUGUUAUUCCAGAAGAAAUCCUAGGCAAAAUCACUUUAGCUACUGUGAAAGCACUAAACCACUUAAAAGAAAACUUGAAAAUCAUUCACAGAGACAUCAAACCUUCCAAUAUUCUUCUGGACAGGAAUGGAAAUAUUAAACUCUGUGACUUCGGCAUUAGUGGACAGCUUGUGGACUCCAUUGCCAAAACACGGGAUGCAGGGUGCCGGCCAUACAUGGCGCCUGAAAGGAUAGAUCCCAGCGCAUCCAGGCAAGGCUAUGAUGUCCGCUCAGAUGUCUGGAGCUUGGGAAUUACAUUGUAUGAGCUGGCCACAGGGCGAUUCCCUUACCCCAAAUGGAACAGUGUGUUUGACCAGUUGACACAAGUAGUAAAAGGAGACCCACCACAGCUGAGUAACUCAGAGGAAAGGGAGUUCUCCCCAAGUUUCAUCAACUUUGUCAACUUGUGCCUUACAAAGGACGAGUCCAAAAGGCCAAAGUAUAAAGAGCUUCUGAAACAUCCCUUCAUCCUGAUGUAUGAGGAACGCACUGUGGAUGUUGCAUGCUAUGUUUGUAAAAUCCUGGAUCAAAUGCCAGCAACUCCCAGCUCUCCAAUGUACGUCGAUUGAUAUUGCUGCUACAUCAAACUCUAGAAAAAGGGCUGAGAGAAAACAAGCUGUAAAGAAUUUUCAUCACACAUUGCAGUGUUUUUAAUGCUCGCCCAGACACCAUGUGCAAUAAUAUUGGUGUUAUUUCCAUCCUGUCUGUAUACUGUUGUCACAUAUAAAGUGCAUCCCUGUAAUACCUGAUCACACAGUGUUAGUGUUGGUCAAAGAGAGACCUCAUCUUGCUCUUUUGUGGACAUAUUCAUGAAAUGUGGAAAUAAGUACAUUUAUUUGUUGACCGUGAUUGGAUAGCACCUAAAAUUCAUUUCUAGACUCAAAACUUGGAGACUUCUCAGCAGCUACUGGAAAGAUUUUUCUCUCAAAACUCUUCCAAUUGUUGUUUCAAGUAAUAAUAAAAAGCAACAAACAAAAGUUAGGCGUUGUCUGUCUGAACUUUAAGAGACUGCCUGGAGGGAGAAGAACUUGCUUAACCAACGAGAUGCUUUGCCUUCUGGAACUAGAAAGGCAAAGGAGAAUUUUAUUCUUCACAAAGUGCAAUAGAUUUACUGCUAUGAAAUUCUGUUGCUUUACAGUUGCAGUGUACUUUCUGGGGACAGUGUGCUCAGCUGAACUUCCUGUUAAAGAGAGAUCAUGUUAAAUAUAGUGAAUAUGUCUUUACCAAAAAUAUGUUGAGUUGAAAGAGGCUAACAUUAAACUAUUCAGAGAUGGGACAUGAUGUGUUCUUUCUCCUUUUACCAAGCCAGCCACUCUUCACUCUUAACUAGGUGUCCUGUAAAUUGUUACCUGGUAAGAUAAGACCUUUGACCUGAAGAAUUAUUAAACUACUCAAUUGAUUUUAA